AUGGGUUGGUUCCACGACGACUCCGACGAGUCCCAGCACUAUAACAACUACCAGGAGUACUCCCAGAACCCCGAGGAGCACCAGGCCAAGUUCUCCCAUGAGCUCAUCGGUGGUGCCGCCGCCUACGAGGCCAUGAAGGCCUACGAGGACCACGAGGCCCGCGAGGGCAAGGUCGACGACCACGCCAAGGCCAAGGAGAUCGUUGCCGGUCUGGCCGGUGCCUUCAUCGACCGCGAAUUUGAGACCAAGGGUCUGGACUUCAUCGACCGCGAGAAGGCCAAGCGUCACGCUGAGGAGCGCUGCUACGACCAGAUGGGCCAGAGCGGCCGCUGGUAA